AGCUGUGAGAUGACCUGCGGGCCAGCGGCAGCAGACACGCUGUCCGGUACGGCCCAGGCCGCGGGGACGUCCUCUGGGGUCCAAAGUUCCGUGUCGGGGAUAGGGCCAACUGACCACAAGUGGGAAGCUUUCCUGCACGAGUUCCCCAUAGCAGUCGGCGCCCUCGUGCCCUCCAAGGAGGACAUUGUUGCCGCUGGAUUCGGGGACCAGCGCACAUUCUACUUUAAGUGGAGGAGAAUUCAGCUGGAGAAGCGUGUGACACAUGUCUCCGAUUGCUGUGGCAGGCACAGGCCGACAGAGGAAAAGGUGAAAGCGGUGGUGGCCAAGGAAAAGUGGAGCACAAAUGUCCCCUCGGCGUCGGACGUUCUGCAGAUGUGGCUAUCGCCUUUGAAGGCGGCGAUAGAAGACAACGAGAACGUCCUCAAGUCAGUGGUGGAGCAACGAUGGAAGGGCCUUGACUUGAAGGAUUUCGGCGAACCCAAGGGCAAAGGCGUAAUUGCGACCAUGCCUUUCUUGAAAGGUGAUGUGGUGUGCGACUACCAUGGGACGCUAGUCUCAGAAUCGGAGGGGAGGAAGAGGAUGGAACGCAUACCAGAGGGCCAGAUGUGCUACUUGUUCUUCUUCAGGGGACAGCUGGGGGAAAAACUAUGUAUCGAUUCCCAGACGUUCCCCUGCAAGUGUCACCCUGGAAAGGACACUUUUGGAAGGCGGAUGAACCACUCCAGCAAGGUUUUCAAUGUGAAGCCUGUGGCCUUCCAGCUCAACCUUGCGGAUGGACCCAGAGACACAAUACUCUUCUUGGCCACCAAAGACAUACCUGUGAACUGCGAGCUGCUCUGGGACUAUGGAGUCAGACGGGCGUCCUUCCAGGGUGAAGGCAUGGAUCUGGCAUGGCUGGAUGAUUGAAGACUUUUGGUGUGUGUGUGUGUGUGUGUGUGUGUGUGUGUGUGUGUGUGUGUGUGUGUCACAACGGCAAUGACGGUGUUUCUUACAAGUGCACAGCAAGCAAGUGUGUUUUGUGGCAGUUUCUACCCACAAGCCAUCUCUCUGAUUAACAGCUGACUCCUGACCCACAGUGUCAGGCUCAGUUCUGGUCAAUAACACUGUAACACGGUCUCUACAGCAACUGUAUCAUUCCCACUCUCACAUCUCACUUAUUAUUUAUUCAUCAUUCUCAUUUUCUCAAAGUUCAUAUGUUCAUACUGUUCAUACUGUUCAUAUUGUAAUAUAAUAACAUAAUACUAUCUUAACCCAGUACCCUUGCACUACGCACAUUUAAAUAAUUGUAUUUCACUGCACUCAUGCAUCUAUCUUGUUUCUGUUUAGAGUGUGUAUAUAUUAGUGUGUAUAUAUUAGUGUGUAUAUAUUGUGUAUAUAUUAGUGUGUAUAUUUCUGUUUUGGUUGAUAUGUAUGUGUAAGCACAGUGUGAGCAAUGCUCCAAAGACAAAUUCCUCGUAUGUGUCCUCAUACCUGGCGAAUAAAGCUGAUUCUGAUGUAAGAUGAGCCAAAGGGACUGAAAAUACUUUAAUUUGUGGAGUAUUAAUAAUCUUGUCUACCUUUGACCGUAGCUCACUGUUUCUAACUAUUUAACACUUUCACAUUGUUGGUUUUUUUAUAGCUAUUUUGAUUAGCUUUUUGCUUCUAUUUUUAUUGACCGUGAUCGUGACUGUUGUUGAUGAUGAAAACUGGGUUUCCACUGUGUAAUACGGCUUAGGGACAGUUUAACAAUGCUCAGAGGCCACGCUGAUAUCCAUUUAGAAUCAGCCUUAUUUGCCAGGUAUGAGUGCACAUACCAGUAGUUUUGCUUCGGACCAUCAUCUCACAAUGCGCUUAUACGCACAAAACAAACAACAGACCAUAAAACCAGCAGCAAAACAAACAGUAUUUUUUUUUUCCUCUAUGUAUGCACACACACAUGCAUAUAUAUAUAUAUAUAUAUAUGUAUAAGUUAUAUGCCAGCUGGACCUCUGGGGCUCUCCACCUGAGCGGGCUGCU